AUGGAGCCGUAUUUUGGCCUCCGUGGCCCUUCCCUGAAUAGGGCUAUCAUGUGGUUGGUCGUGUGUCCGGCCUUUGUGACUUAUGGAUACAAUCAAGGUGUGAUGGGAGGUCUAUUGACCCUGGAAUCCUUCGCCGAGACCUUCCCACGAAUGAACACUCUCACUGCAACCGAUGCAGAGAAGACUUCCAACUCGACCAUUCAAGGCACGGUCGUCGCACUAUAUACCGUGGGCGGAAUAUUCGGUUCGCUAUCAUGUAUUCAAUUCGGUGACAGGCUCGGCCGCCGGAAGGUUAUCCUGUUCACCUCUUUCAUCUCGAUGAUCGGUGCAAUCUUGAUGGCAACAUCCUUCUCCCUUGCUCAAUUCAUCGUUGCACGACUCGUCCUCGGAUAUGGCACCGGCGGUUACGUUGCUACAGUACCCGUGUGGCAAUCCGAGAUUUCGAAACCCAACAAGCGCGGUGCGCACGUAGUAACAGACGGUAUCUUCAUCGGCGCCGGUAUCACCUUCUCUCUCUGGGUCGACUUCGGCUUCUACUUCGUUAAGACCAACUCGGUUUCCUGGCGAUUCCCCUUAGUAUUCCAGGUCCUACUAUCACUGAUGGUCAUGGGCUUUGUGAUGCUCUUCCCUGAGUCACCCCGGUGGCUGGUGAAAAGAGGUCGCACCGAGGAGGCGCGGGAGAUUCUGGCGGCGCUGGACGACGUCGACCCUCAGUCGGAACAGAUCACCCUCGAUAUUCGCGAUAUCGAGACCUCCCUAGCCCUUUCUGGAACAGGUUCCUGGAAGGAUAUGUUGAAGAUGGGCGAGCAGCGACUAUUCCACCGCACUGUUCUGGCCUGUAUGGGUCAGAUGUUCCAGCAGAUGUGUGGAAUCAAUCUUAUCACAUUCUACGCCACGACCAUUUUCGAACAAUAUCUCAAGCUGGAUCCUGUCCAGUCCCGUAUCCUCGCUGCAUCCAUGUGCCUAACACAGCCGCUGGGCGGCCUCCUGGCUUAUUUCACCAUCGACCGUCUCGGUCGUCGCGUGCUUAUGUUGUGGAGUGCGGCCGGGAUGUCAAUCUCCAUGGCCAUCCUAGCCGGCACCACCUCCCUGAAAGAUAACACCGGCAGCUUGGUCUGCGCCGUGGUAUUCCUUUUCGUCUUCGAGUUUAUCUUCACGGUCGGAUACUCCGGCUUGACCUUCUUAUACGCCACGGAGGUUGCUCCGCUCCAAUGCCGAGCAUCUAUUAGCGCCGUCUCCGCUGCCGCGGUGUGGACGUUCAACUUCCUCCUUGCCGAGGUCACGCCCGUCGGUUUCGCUACCAUCGACUGGCAGUACUAUAUUAUCUUCGCCGUGUUGAACGCGGCCAUCGUGCCGACUGUUUAUUUCCUCUUCCCGGAGACAAAUGGCCGCACGCUCGAGGAGAUCGAUGAGAUAUUCUUGCAGUCGCGCAGUAUAUUCGAUCCGCCCCGUAUUGCUCGGUCGCUUCCACGCAUGCACGUGGCCGAGGCUCACGGUGUGGAUAUCGAUGCUAAGGAGGUUAGAAGUGUCGACGAGGCCAUGGGCGAGAAGCCCGAGGUGUAA